CAUUUCCAAAUCUACAGGAUCUGUUUUAAAUCACUCAGAAGACAACGCAUCCACAACACUGCUGGACAUUUACGCAUUAUAUUCCCUUUCUUAAAUUAGCCCCCCUCAGCUUCGCGAUACCGCCCCCAAUUUCAGUGUCGGUACGGAGCCGCCAGGCCGGGACAGAGACGGAGAGAGAGCCCUCGGCCAUGGAAGCGCUCGGACCCGACCCCCCUAUAGGCCCGCCGGCCCCCACCUCCCUCUUCCAGCCCCCACGGAGGCCUGGCAUGGGCACCGUGGGGAAGCCCAUCCGCCUGCUGGCCAACCACUUCCAGGUGCAGAUUCCCAAGAUUGAUGUCUAUCACUACGAUAUCGACAUCAAGCCUGAGAAACGGCCAAGGAGGGUUAACAGGGAGGUGGUGGACACCAUGGUUCGCCACUUCAAGAUGCAGAUCUUUGGUGAUCGACAACCGGGCUACGACGGGAAGAGAAACAUGUACACGGCCCAUCCACUACCCAUCGGGAGAGACAGGGUGGAUCUGGAAGUAACUCUGCCGGGGGAGGGUAAGGACCAGACGUUCAAGGUGUCUCUGCAGUGGGUGUCAGUGGUGAGCCUGCAGAUGCUCCUGGAGGCCUUGUCAGGCCACAACGAGGUCCCCGAGGACUCUGUUCAGGCCCUGGAUGUCAUCACCCGCCACCUGCCUUCCAUGAGGUACACCCCAGUGGGGCGUUCCUUCUUCUCCCCUCCGGAGGGCUACUACCACCCCCUGGGCGGAGGGAGGGAGGUGUGGUUCGGCUUCCAUCAGUCGGUCCGUCCUGCCAUGUGGAACAUGAUGCUCAACAUCGAUGUCUCCGCCACUGCUUUCUACCGUGCCCAGCCCGUGAUUGAGUUCAUGUGCGAGGUGCUCGACAUCCAGAACAUCAACGAGCAGACCAAGCCACUCACCGACUCCCAACGCGUCAAGUUCACCAAGGAGAUCCGAGGUGGGUGGGGACCUGCAGGUCUGAAAGUUGAGGUCACCCACUGUGGUCAGAUGAAGAGGAAGUAUCGCGUGUGCAAUGUCACUCGCCGCCCCGCCAGCCACCAAACGUUCCCCUUACAGCUGGAGAAUGGCCAGGCCAUGGAGUGUACCGUGGCUCAGUACUUCAAGCAGAAGUACAGCCUACAGCUGAAAUACCCCCACCUGCCCUGCCUACAAGUGGGGCAGGAACAGAAGCACACCUACCUACCCCUGGAGGUUUGUAACAUUGUGGCCGGGCAGCGCUGCAUCAAGAAGCUGACAGACAACCAGACCUCCACCAUGAUCAAAGCUACAGCACGUUCUGCACCCGACAGGCAGGAAGAGAUCAGCCGACUGGUCAAAAGCAACAGCAUGGUGGGCGGUCCCGACCCUUACCUGAAGGAGUUCGGAAUUGUGGUGCACAACGACAUGACCGAGGUGACGGGCCGAGUCCUCCCAGCACCCAUGCUGCAGUAUGGGGGACGGGUUAGUACCGACACUGGGCGGGACUGUGGCAGGGGACUCUCUCCGCAGAACAAGACCGUGGCCACGCCCAACCAGGGCGUGUGGGACAUGCGGGGGAAGCAGUUCUACGCCGGGAUGGAGAUCAAGGUGUGGGCCGUGGCCUGCUUCGCCCCACAGAAACAGUGCAGAGAGGACCUGCUCAAGAGCUUCACAGACCAACUGAGAAAGAUCUCGAAGGAUGCCGGUAUGCCCAUCCAGGGCCAGCCGUGUUUCUGUAAAUACGCCCAGGGAGCGGACAGCGUGGAACCCAUGUUCAAACACCUCAAGCUGUCUUAUGUGGGACUGCAGCUUAUCGUGGUCAUCCUGCCCGGCAAAACCCCUGUCUACGCGGAGGUGAAGCGGGUAGGAGACACUCUCCUGGGCAUGGCCACUCAGUGUGUCCAGGUGAAGAACGUGGUGAAGACAUCCCCCCAGACCCUCUCCAACCUCUGCCUCAAGAUCAACGCCAAGCUGGGGGGCAUCAACAACGUCCUGGUGCCCCAUCAGAGACCCUCUGUGUUCCAGCAACCCGUCAUCUUCCUGGGGGCAGACGUCACUCACCCUCCAGCCGGCGACGGCAAGAAGCCCUCCAUCGCGGCGGUGGUGGGCAGCAUGGACGGCCACCCCAGCCGCUACUGUGCCACGGUGCGCGUGCAGACGUCGCGCCAGGACCUGUCCCAGGAGCAGCUGUACAGCCAGGAGGUCAUCCAGGACCUGACCAACAUGGUGCGCGAGCUGCUGAUCCAGUUCUACAAGUCCACGCGCUUCAAGCCCACCCGCAUCAUCUACUACCGCGGCGGCGUGUCCGAGGGCCAAAUGAAACAGGUGGCGUGGCCAGAGCUGAUUGCCAUCAGGAAGGCCUGUAUCAGCCUAGAGGAGGACUACCGACCGGGCAUCACCUACAUCGUGGUUCAGAAACGCCACCACACCCGCCUCUUCUGCUCAGACAAGACGGAGAGAGUUGGAAAGAGUGGCAACGUCCCAGCCGGAACCACGGUGGACAGCACAAUCACCCACCCCUCAGAGUUUGACUUCUACCUGUGCAGCCAUGCUGGGAUCCAGGGCACCAGCCGGCCCUCCCACUACCACGUCCUGUGGGACGACAACUGCUUCACAGCCGACGAGCUCCAGCUGCUCACCUACCAGCUGUGCCACACCUACGUCCGCUGCACCCGCUCAGUCUCCAUCCCCGCGCCAGCCUACUACGCCCGGCUGGUGGCCUUCCGCGCCCGCUACCACCUGGUGGACAAAGAUCACGACAGUGCGGAGGGCAGCCACGUGUCGGGCCAGAGUAACGGUCGGGACCCCCUUGCCCUGGCCAAGGCAGUCCAGAUCCACUAUGACACUCAGCACACUAUGUAUUUCGCCUGAGCCACGUGAGCAAUGUGUGCAGUUCUGUCCUCUAUCUCUCCUCUCUCUCUUUUUGCCAGUCUUUCUCUACCUUUGUCUUGCGUCUUGAUGUGCACCAAAGCGGUUCGAAGCCAGUGAAGUGUGCCAGUGAAGUAUUUUCCUUUUUGGGAAAAACGACAUCCGGCGUUCCCGAUCGAAGCCGCCCUCUACCAGCAAUCUGGCACCGAGAGACCGUUGGGGUUUCCGAUGCACAGAGAAAACAAACAAAAAACACAAGUUGAGCCAUUUUUUGGGGGGGAGGGAGUGGGGGUUGUUUGUUUUUUGAAUGUCUCUUGUUUUUGAAAGAUACACUGAGCAAUGGAGCGGACUGAUGCCAAUUGUCAGUGGCAGCUCUUAGCUCUCCCAGCUAAGCAGGACUACUUUUUACCUCAAAGCCCUUUCGGGGCGAAAAUCCGUCAAGUUCUUGGGUUGGGGGGGUCGUGGGGGGUUUGCAUGGAAACAUGUGUGGAGAGGAUCUUUUGAGAAUGAUAUAUAUAUAUUUUUUUCUUUUAUGAUUGUGUUUUAACUUUCUCUUCUUCAGUCUUUUACAAGCGAGGUCACCUGGGUAUCCAUACCCAUUAGUCUUCUCCCAUUUAGCGAAGAAUUAAGUGCUUGAGUGUGAGCGUGUUUGUGUGUGUGUGUGUGUGUGUGUUUGUGUAUAUACGUGUGUGUGUGUGUGUUUCAUGGCAGGCCACUGAAUUGUAAAGGGAAAAUCAAGAACUGCUGUAAAUGCCUCAGAUUUGAUGUUUUUUUUUUUAUAUAUUCACACAUGACAUAUAUAUAAAUAUAAAUAUUUACAUCUAUAGAACAGAUUGAACUAUACAGGCUUCACAGAAGCCGGUGGGUGUAUGUGUAGCAGUAGCAACCGUGGUUUAGCCGAUGUGAUUGACUCGGCAUUGGGACCUAUUGAAUGGUUGAGAGCUUUUGCGGGGUUACGGCAUUGGACUAAGCCGCCUUAUUUGGUGCCCCAUGUGAGGAAGGGGAUUCAUCCCUUAAACCUGUUUGUCUGAAUGGUUAUGACCAUUGUUAGGGCGGCGCACGUUUUUUUAGCAAGGCGCUAGUCGUCUGAAUUUUUCGGAGGCGGAAAACCCAUUCGCUUAACUUUUGGGGUCUCCUUUGCUACCGGCCAAUUCAUUGCACUGACCCGGGACGCUAGGCAAGCAACAGAGGGCACUCUCUCUUACCUUUUUAUGCAUUUAUACAUCAGAAUCAAAAAGCAGAAUUUGUAAGAGUUUAAUAUAAAACCGUUUUGUGGCUAAUCUUAACUGUUGUUCAGACUUAGUAGUUAUAUUUGAUGUUGUUGUUGUUAUCUACGAUUAUGAUAAUUAUCAGACUGGCAGCAAUCGGAUGUGUAGUUAUGAGAUCAGGGUAAGAGUGGCUGGGUUUAGAUUUGCACACUUUGGUAGCAUUCUGGCCUACGGUGGAGGGAGGCCCAAGGUGUAUCGGUUUAUGCUCCCUUCUGCUCCUCAGUGAUGUAGUAGGGAAGGGUUUGGCUGUGUUCUCCAGUAGGAAAGAUCUCUGUUGAGCUAUCACCGUUACCCCUGACUGGUAAAACAGGAGGCAGAAGAGUACUGUUGGCAGCAGGGGAUUUCGGUUCGAAAUGGCAGAAAGGUGACAAUCAGAGCUGGCAUUAGGAAGAAACUGGGACCGAGCGAGUGGUAAAAAGAAGUAUGCAAUAGGCAAUGAGUAGAAUUUUUAGAACUUCAUAAUGUGUAUCUAUGACUGUUUGUGUGUAUUUGAACAAGUAUAUCUAAGUCUAAACUUUUGGUGUUUUUUAUUUUUUAAAUUAAAUAAGGUUUUGAACAGCGGAUAUGAAUUGACAUAAAGCAUAAACACUGCCCAUGGACCUAAGAACACCUGACCAGUCACGACUUAUUGCCGUGCAAGACUGCGGUGAGGAUGGGGGGGGGGUCGACUGCGGUGCACCCACCUCGCCAGGGGGGUCGGCUCAGUGAAAAAUCCUUUUGUAAUAAACCAUCCGUGAAGCACCAGGUUUGCUAUGAAUGAGUUUGAGCCCCUACCUGUCGAGGGCUUGGGCGCCGGCCUGUCGAGGGCUUGGGCGCCGGCCUGUCGAGGGCUUGGGCGCCGGCCUGUCGAGGGCUUGGGCGCCGGCCCGUGGGAGCGAAGCAUGAUGGGGUUCCAGGCAUUGCAUGCAAUAAGUUUUGAGGGGCGGGGCUGAGCUGUUGAAGACGUGCACUAGUAUUCCUACGGGGAAAGGGGGCUGCAUAGAGCCUGGUGUUGUAGUCUGGCCCUCUGUGGGUGUGACCAGACUGGAGGAGUGUGCAGGAUGUGGGUGUGGUCUCCUAGCAGGGGAUCCAAAAGGCGGUGAUGACUCCUCAGUUUUCAACAUAUUAUCAUUGCAAAGCAAUAUUAACUCUAAAUCCAGUUUUCGAAUGUGGAAAAAUGUAUAAUUCCUCUUGUCGACGUGGCUGUUGGUCUGCUCUCUGUCGCCGUUUCUGUAACUCAUUUUUUUUGUUGCCUGUAUCAAUCAGUGGGAAUGUGCAUUCGGUGGACUAGCUCUUUAGGCACUGAGAAAAAAGGUCAAAACAUUUAGACUUUUCUCACCUGCAUGCCAGAGUAUUGUCCCUAAAAAAAUAAAAAAUAAAAUAAACUCUUUAGAAUCAAGCGAGACAGAAGGAGAAUAAAUAUUGGGUAAAUGUAUAUGAAUUUAGUGAGACUGUUUUAGGCUAGCAAUAUUGUCCAGUCUCUUCAAGAUGUUUUUGAAAGAUUCCUACACAAAUGUCAGUUAAAAUAAAAAAACGGAGGCACAGGCCACUGGAGGUUGAGCGUUCGAGCCUUUACAUCGUGACCCGAAGACAAACGAGGUACUUUCUUCAAACGUGGGCCCGGUAAAGACUUGACCCCUCGCCCCCUCACAGGCCCCAGUGUAGCGUCCAUUUAGGCCUCCACUUCCUGGUUUGUGCCCCUGCCACGCCUCUCGGGGCUCCCUAGUCUCGUGGCGCCACCCUGCUGGCCACCCACACAAGCGCACUUCCUCUCUGUGGGGGGCCUCGCCCAAGGCGUCCACGGCCACAGGAAUACCUCUUUUUAACAUUUUUAACAAUCCAUUCUUUCUGUGCCCCGUUUGAAAGAGAGCAUGAUUUAUUUUUUAAUUCCUCUUUGAUAUAAUAUCUACAGAUUUGUUAUUUGACAUUGUAAGUACUUUUUUUUUGUUCUUUAUUCUCGUGUGUAGCUCUGCUGUUUUCUGCUAGUGGUCUGAGCUGUGUGACUGUCCAACAGCAAUAGAACAGUACCCUGUCUGACCUGCUGGGGAGGGGUGGGGCUUCCUCAGGCCCCUCCCACAAGGGUGCCCAAUCACUUGCUGUAUUGCUAUGUGACAUGUUUUAAACUUUUUUUUUUUUUUAGCCUGCAGGGAAUAUUUGUGUAAUUGUGUAAAGUAAUAAAUUGGUAUUUUAUGCCUAUAUCAUA